AUGACAAUCGGCGAACCACCAACGACAUCGUGUCCAGCUAUGACUGCGGCUGCCCCUACCGACUCAUCUACGAUACCUAAUCCAUACCCCGGGAAUGAACAACCUCAAUCACCUGGUUCAAGCAACUCUGAUGAUGCGAACAACGAUCCCUUCACAUAUGCUUCUACUGCCGUAGCUACGCCCAUGGACCGGUCAGAAGCUGCAACUCGCGUCAACUCGAUCGAUGUCGAGCGUGUCCUUCAGAAGCUCCACAACCAGGUCGAGAAGGGUGACACCACCGCCAUUGCCGAAUUUGAAAAGCUCGCCCACCUUCAUCAGCUGCCUCUGCACGAGCAUCAUAAACUUCAUUUGCACUAUCCUCACCUCCACAACCUGCUUCAUUCUCACAAGGCCGAAGAUGAAGAGCAUGCAUGGGACAGCAUCGCAUUGGAAGAGGGCAGCAGCUCUUCGGCGUCUGGCAAUGCAGAGAAAGCACAAAGAUCCAGCAAUGACGAAGGAGAGAAGGUUCCGCUGGUCAUUCUCUCAGACGAAGAGAACCCACAGAAUUGGAGCAUCCGCCACAAGUGGACUGUCACAGCUCUUGUGUCCUGUCUCUAUUUCAACGCUACCAUCACUUCCUCUAUCGGUACUGGCGCUACCUCUCAGUACAUGUACCAAUACUCGAUAUCGCAGGAAGUGUCCGCCCUCGUCCUAUCUAUUUACAUGGUGGGCUUCUGCAUCGGCCCUCCCCUCUGGGCUCCCCUCUCUGAGUUGUACGGCCGUCUCGUCGUUAAUUAUCUCUCCGUUUCCGGCUACUUCUUUUUCAACAUCGGAUGUGCGCUUGCACCCAACAUUCGCACCCUGCUUGUUUGCCGAUUCUUUGUUGGACUCUUUGCUGCUGCGCCACAGGCCAAUUCGGGUGGCAUAAUUUCGGAUAUUUGGCUGCCCAAAGUUAGGUUGUGGCCCAUGUUCACAUAUUCACUCGCGGCUUUCAUGGGUCCCACGCUGGGUCCGUUGGCCGGCGGAUUUCUUGCAGGAAGCGACAUCGAGUCCGAGAGAUGGAGAUGGAUCUACUGGAUGUUAUGCAUGCUCUCGGCUGUCUCGAUGGCGUUGGUGGUUGUCAUCCAGAAAGAAUCUUACCCACCAGUCUUACUCAAGCAGAAAGCGAAAAGGUCGCGCAAGGAGACGGGUCGAAACGACAUGUUGGCACCAGGCGAGUCGUUGCGCGAGGAUGGAACUCUCGCACCCGUUCCUUGGUCCGAGAUCCUGUGUGUCCACAUUGGUCGACCAUUCCGUAUGCUCCUCACCGAAGCGCCUUUGAUGUAUGCGACACUCUGGACGUCCUUCUGCUAUGCGGUCAUCUUCAUUUUUUUCGAGGCCUAUCCAGUCGUCUUCAACGGCACCUACGGAUUCAAUGCUGGCGAAGUCGGUCUUGCGUUCCUUGCCAUUGGAUCGGGCAUUGCCAUCUCAACUCCCAUUAUAGGCUACUUCAACAAGCGUUCCAUCGCAGCCCGCGUCGCAGCAGGCGGUAAACCAGUUCCCGAAUCUCGGCUGCCACAAGUCGCUCUCUCAGCACCACUCUUCGCCAUCGGCUUCUUCUGGUUCGGUUGGACUGCUCGACCUUCCAUCCACUACAUGGUCCCGAUACUUGCCGGCUUACCGAUCGGUAUCUCGCUCAUGCUUGCUUUCAACUCCCUAGCUGCCUAUGCUGCAGAAUGCUACCAUAUCUACACGGCGUCGGCGUUAGCAGCGAUGGCGUUCUCGAGGUGUCUGUUUGCUAUCUUCGUGCCGCUCUUCGGUAGACAGAUGUUCGAGGGACUGGGAACGGGAUGGGCGGCAAGUGUGUUAGGAUUUGUAUCGGUGGCGGCUAUUCCGGUGCCAUUUGUGUUUUUGAAGUAUGGAAAGGCGAUUAGGUUGAGGAGUAAGAUGUGUAUUAAUGCUUGA